AUGGACAUCGCUUGUCGGCGCUCAAGAAGUGCCCAAUUCAGUCCAGAACAUCGUAUCGCAAAUCUUAAAUACGCUAAUGAUGUAGUCCUUUUUGUUGACAGUUAUAACGAAAUGCAAGUAAUACUAAAUAACGUUUCAGCAACUGCAGCGAGAAUCAGACUAAGGGUCAAUGUAAAUAAAACGAAAGCGUUUUCGUCUUAUGUGCAAAAAGCUGAUAAAAUGCCUCUUUUUGUUGCCGGUUGA